UAAAGGCUGAAAUAAAAAUGUUUUUAAAGAAUACUAGACCAAGUUGGUUCCCGUCCCCUCAACGAUAAAAAUGUUUUUAAAGAAUAUUAAUGGUACAACCCAGGGAUUUUGACAAACAAUAUUUUUUUUAACCUUCUCACAGACUGCUGAUGGUUGCCUUAAAGGAAACCACAUCCUGCCUUGAAAGUUUACACGUCACAUUUGAGCUUUUCCUGUCAGUUUUUUUUAAAAACAUUUUUACAAGCUGCAACCGCCAUUGGAUUGAAUAGAGAACAUUUUAAAAGAUGAUUUCAUAUUGUCCAAUUUGUGGGAAGCCUGUCUAUUUUGCGGAGAGGAAGCGAUCGUUGGGCAAAGAUUACCAUCCUCUUUGCUUGAAAUGCUACCGGUGUAAACGUCAGUUAUGUCCUGGCCAACAUGCAGAGUAUGAUGAGAAACCAUACUGCAAUCAUUGCUACCUACAGCAUUUUGGACCAAGAGGAGCAAGGCGACCAGCAUCUCGAACUACUGGAACAGCUGGAUCCAAUGUUCCAGUUGAGAACCCCAGCACUUAGUGUCAACCUGUUUAAGAAUGAUUUGCAGCUUCAAUUCAUAAGAAAAUUAGAACAGCAACAGAGAGAAAAGUAACAGCUCAUAGAAACAAUUGUACAUUUCGAAACUAAUUUGUUGCUGUGCUCCAUUGUUAUGUAAAGGAGAAGACAUUUGAAAAUAAUUAUCUCAAACCAUCCGCAGUAAUGUAGCUUUGCUCAUGAAACCAAUGUUUGCUUCAGAAUGUCUGACAGUAAUUCUGUGGUCCUGUUUAUAAUUUUGGUGAAAUCGAGUUUUCAAAGAGCAAUACAAAAAUCUACAAUUCUUCACAAAGCAGCUCAGUGUUAUCCCUUUUUCCACCCAACACAUUAAUUUGGUUGGUUGGAGAUGAGCUGCUGGCUGGUCUCUGUAGACUGGUUAGUGUUUCAAUCAUUCAUGCACAGACUUCAGUGCAGUAAACCAAAAUAUAGACUGCUAUUUGCUACACAUGAGUAAUCCGUGCAAUAGAGUGUAAUUUUACUUGUAAGAGUUAUAUCUUUCUAUAAUAAAAGAAAACAUACUUCUG